AUGGUUACUUUCGCCCUUCCCGGCGAGUACGACGCCGCGGAUGCUGGAAGCAGCACUCCCAUGUCACGUCCUCCUCUGCCCUUCGCGAAGCGCACCUACGUCGCGACGCCAUAUGCCCACAAGCGCCUGGGAACGCCGCACACAGCUCCGUCGCGCAAGCUGCUGAUAAAGCGCGAUGAAGUCUCAUCGGGCGCCCUGAACCGAAACGGCAUCUCGUCUCGCAGCAACCUCUUCAAAGCCUCCGUCGCCGAGGACCUUCCGACGAGCUCCUUCUCGCCCAGCAUCCCGCAGAGCACGAUGAAGAAGGUCUUCGCCCCCGGCGUGACUCCCGAACCGAGUCGCGUGUAUCGCGAGUCCACUGCUCGUCUGACGCCUCGCGGCCUGGCCGCCCACUCCUCAGACAAGGAGCUGUUCAACAUGCGAAUCUCAUCGCCACCCCCAGAAUUGACCGGCGAAGUCCUGGCAAACAAGGUGCCAAAGGACUGGAACUCUAAGGGAUCCAUCUAUGCCGAUCAGUUUUUGGCACAUCUCUGUCCUCCAGACCUCGACGACGAGCAGCGUCGCCAGUUCUUCUGCAUUCUCGAUCUCCGUCGACUGAAAUAUGCCGCCAACGAGAUCUUUUCCAAGAAGACUUGGAAGCUCAACAUCAUGAACUUCGCCAAGGAGUUUGAAAAGAGUCGAAGCAUCAUUCUGCUUCGGUAUGGGCUGUACGAGUUCCAGAGCGUUAAGCCGUCCAAAGAAGUUCUCAGGAGAUGGCGACGAGAACAUGGCCUGCCCGAUCCCGAGGAAGAAGAGGAGGAGCAGGCCAACGGCACGCCGAGCAAGUCAAUGUCCGUCAAGAAGCGCAAGGCUGAUGACGACCUUUUAAAGGAGACUGCUGAUGCAACUGAGAAUGUGGCAACAGCGACCAAGCGAAGGGCUACUGUCAGCGAUGAAGGAGAAGAGCCUACUGCCGUCACUCCUGCUCCUAACAAGAACAAGAGAAAGACUGUCAACAACGAAGGGUCGCCCGCCAAGUUGCAAAAGGCUACUCCAUCUACCGCCAAGUCGCUCUUUGAGAAGAUUGCCAGCAAGCCGGCUGCGACUCCCGCAUCUCCUCUUGCGUCUCCCGGUUCUCUGGCUGCGGCCUCUCCCGCCCCGUCUCCCACUCCUUUCAAAUCGGCUGACAAGAAUGCCGCCAAUGGUAAACUGUCUCGUUCGGUAUUCAACAACUCUUUGAACAACUCUUUGAAGCCCCCAGUCAACGGCAAUGGCAACAUAUUUGGCUAUCUGUCCGAUGCCAGCUCCGCAAAGAAUAGCGGCAUUGAAGCCGAUGCUGAGAGUGAAUCUGAGUCUGAUGAAGAUGAAGGAGACAUCGAAGAUAGCCAAGAGGGCGGGCAGAGCGAUGAGCCUAGCGGCGCAGCCAGCGGCGCAGGCGACGUUUCCUCUCAAGCUGGAUCAAAUCUAUUUGGAACCAAAACGUCAACCGGCUUCGGUACUGGUGUAUCCAGCGCUGCUGGUACCAGGGAUAGCACUCCAGGCCGCAGCCUCUUUGACCGUAUUACUAAGGAUCAAGAUGGGCAACCAGUGCGAGCCGAUGAGUCUGCCGACGAAGUCGCUAUCAAGAAACCAGCAUCGUCCAUCAAUCAGACCUGGAAUCCCACGACCCAACCCCUCAAAUUUGCCCCUACCUCAGCCGCUACCCAGAAUGGUUCACUUUUCGGUAAAGCAACCUCCACUUCCAACUCCACCUCCAUCUUCGCGCCCAAGAGCACUGCACCAUCCAACAUUUUUGGAGUCUCCAAGCAAGACCAGAGCUCCAAAGCAAACACGCCCAUUUCGGAAGCCGACCUGGCUGGCGAAGAGUCUGAUAAGGAAAACGACUCUCGACCUACCAAGAAGGUCUUUUCUGAACCCAAGGUGUCUGCCAUCCCAAGCACUGGCGCGUCGCUCUUCGGUCUCAAGCCCGCUGCGGCUGAGCCCGUCAAAGUGAGCGAGCCUGCCAAGCCUGCAGCUACCGCCACCACCAACUUGUUUGGCACCAUCGGAACUUCUGAAGCAACCUCGAAGCUGUUUGGCGAUGUCAAGACAUCAAUGCCUUCGGCCUCCACGGCUGCUCUGUUUGCUCCCAAGAAGGAGUCUGAGAAGCCCAAGGGCAAUGGACUCUUUGGCAACUCGGAUGCCGCAAACCCGUUGACUGGCGCGUCUGCAGCUCUCUUUGGCAUCAAGCCAGCGACGCCGGCCGCAGCACCAUCUCCUGCUCCCCUAUCCGCCCCUUCUCCCGCCCCUACUACCAACCUGUUUGGCACUGCACCAGCAGCACCACCCGCAACGACCACUCCAGUUACCUCGACUAACUUGUUUGGUGCCGCAGCCGCAGCCCCUGCACCUACAUCCACGUCCACAUCUCUAUUUGGAGCCAGCACCCCUGCCUUCAGUUCUGAGCCCGCCAAACCGAAGCCUGCCUUGUCCUCGUCCACCAACCUGUUUGGCACCGCUGCUCCCGCGGCAGCGCCAACCAGCUUGUUCGGUGCGCCGAGCGCCGUGCCCGCCAAGAAGGAUCCUUCUCCUCCGGCUGCGAGCCAGCCCGCCGCUGCACCUCUGUUUUCCUUUGGAUCAGCGGCCGGUGCAGGCCCUAAGCCCACUGAGACUUCCCAGCAAGCUGCCAAGUCUCUAUUUGGAGCGGCUCCAAAGUCACCUCCCGCUUCUUUCUCGACCAACAGCUUGUUUGGUGGAAGUCCCAUGAAGCAGGACGAUGCAUCACCAGCAAAGAAGCAGUUUACUGGUCUUGGCACUGAUACUUCAGCGCCACCUCCCGUUUUCAACUUCGGCGCAGCAGGCGGCGCAAGCUCAAAUUCGAGCUCCAACUUGUUUGGUAACUCGAUGAACUCUGCUCCUGCUCCCGCUGCGGCACCUCUCUUUGGUGCGGCCCCAUCCAACACUGGAUCUGGAUCCGGAUCUGGAGAUGGCAGCGGUGGUGGUUUCAACUUCAACUUUGGAUCGGGAGGAGCAGGACCUUCUAGUGGAUUCAGCAAUCCUUUCUCUGGCAAUGCCGGCGGGAACUCGACCCAGGCCCCGACCGCGGCUCCUGGAGGCAUGUUCAGUUUCGGCUCAUCCACCCCGGCGGGAGGUUCUGGAGGCUCCGGAAUGUUCCAGUUUGGUAGCGGCGCCGGAAGUCAGCCCUCGCAGCCAUCAGCGCCUCUGUUCAAUGGCGCAGCCUCGAACACGAGCGUGCCAUCUUUUACUGCGACGGCUCCUUCUGGUCAGCCAUCAUCCAUGUUUGCCUUUGGAGCAAGCCAACCUUCCUCCGGAUUCAACCUCGCACCGCCAGCUGGUGGCUCCUCGACCACCGGGACAAACUCUCCAUUCAACCUUGGGGGAGGCUCUAGCUUGGCAACCACACCUGCCGGCGGGACUCCGGAACCAUCGACCCAAGUGAAGACGAACAGCAGUGCUGCUGAUAAUAAUGACGAAGAUGGCGAGAAGCAUGAGCAGAUUAGCUUGACAGAAGGCGCAGACAAGGACGAAGACGUUUUGCACGAAGUUCGCGCAAAAGUACUCAAGUUUGUUCCCGCUGGUGAAGCAUCAGAUGCUGAAGAGAAGAAGUCGAAAAGCCCAUGGGCCACCCAGGGCGUGGGAGCUUUGCGCCUGUUGAAGCACAAAGAAACUAAUGCGGUGCGUCUGCUUCUGCGCGCGGAACCUAGGGGCAAUGUUGCCAUGAACCGGUCUGUACUGCCUGAUUUAUCUUACAAGGCAGAUGAAAAGUAUGUGAAAAUGACUACGUCGAAUGACAAGGGUGACGGCCUCGAGACCUGGAUGCUCCAGGUGAAAACGAAGGAUUUGGCCAAGUCAUUGGCCGAGGCGUUGGAGACACACAAGGCGUUGAACAAGAAAUAA